AUUCAAAAAAUUAAACAAAACAUAAUAAUUCUGUGGCCUAAAGGUCUCUCUCAGUGACCCCUCCUCCUCCUCCAUUUGUAAUUUCUCUCUCUCUCCAUGUUCUUCUUACUCUGUCCAUGGUGAUCUGAUGAAGAGGGAGAGAUAGUGAAGAGGAGACUCUUUUAGCUGAAAAUCUGAAGCUUUGUUUUUUUAUUUUUUUGGUUCUUUUGUGGAUGUUUUUGGCGUAUUCGAAAGCGCAGGUUCGGAGGGAUUAAAGAAACUAGAUUUGGUUAGAGAGAGAGAGAGAGAGAGAGAGAGAGGCAGCGACAAUGCCUGCAAUGGAGGGUUUCGACUUGUUCCUCUUCUCUCUAAGCAGAGCCUUCUGUGGUCCUCUUGCUGUUUUCGUUCAGAUCCAGGGAUGCAUGAUCUGCUUAACUCUUGCUAUUGGGUGGGCUUUUGCAGCUUAUGUCAGGAAUAGGGAGAUCAACCAAAUGAAAGAUAGUAUGCGGCGUGGCAAUAGCUUUGCUUUUCUUUAUCACGAUAUUAAUGAACUUGAGCACGCUAAACAGGUCAAUCUGCCCAGAGUGUCAGUUGUUAUGCCUUUAAAGGGUUUUGGAGAGCACAAUCUACACAAUUGGAGAAGUCAGGUAACUUCCCUUUAUGGCGGUCCUGUAGAAUUUCUUUUUGUGGUGGAAAGUACAGAAGACCCUGCUUACCAUCCUGUAUCUUUGUUAAUAUCAGAUUUUAAGGAUGAAGUUGAUGCUAAGAUUAUUGUAGCUGGUUUGUCCACAACUUGUAGUCAGAAAAUUCACAAUCAGUUGGUUGGAGUGGAGAAAAUGCAUAAUGAGAGCAAAUAUGUAUUAUUUUUGGAUGAUGAUGUUAGGCUGCACCCUGGUACAAUUGGAGCUCUCACCGCUGAGAUGGAAAAAAAUCCUGAUAUAUUUAUUCAAACUGGAUACCCUCUGGAUUUACCUUCCGGAAGUUUAGGGAGUUACUGCAUAUAUGAAUAUCAUAUGCCUUGUUCAAUGGGAUUUGCUACUGGUGGAAAAACAUUCUUUCUGUGGGGAGGGUGCAUGAUGAUGCAUGCUGAUGAUUUUAGAUUUGACCGCUUUGGUGUGCUCUCGGGACUUCGAGAUGGUGGAUACUCUGAUGAUAUGACUCUUGCAGCUAUAGCUGGAGCUCAUAAGAGGCUCAUUACAUCACCUCCAGUUGCCGUAUUUCCUCAUCCCCUUGCAAGCGAUCUUACUUUCCCAAGGUAUUGGAAUUACUUGAGGAAGCAAACAUUUGUUUUGGAGUCAUACACAACAAAGGUUAACUGGAUAAUGAAUCGUGCAUUGUUUACUACCCACUGCUACCUGUCAUGGGGAUUUGUAGCACCAUACAUUAUGUCUUUGAUUCAUAUCACUGCUGCACUUAGAGUUUACAUUAAGGGGUAUUCACUCGAGGAAACUACCUUGACUUCUGCUGGGUUGUUAUUGGUAAGCUGCCUAGCUCUAUGCACUGCCAUAGAACUUCUUUCAAUGUGGAAUUUGACAAGGAUUGAAGUUCAUUUAUGCAACAUGUUAUCUCCUGAGGCAUCCCGACUCUCACUUACUUCUUACAACUGGGGUCGUGUAUUCAUUGCGAUGAUAGUGGAUAACUUUUUAUACCCUAUCUCUGCAAUUCGUUCUCAUUUUUCUCAGUCUAUCAAUUGGUCUGGUAUCCGUUAUCAUUUGAAGAAUGGAAAGAUAUUCAAGAUUGAAAGAAGCAGGGAUAUGGGUCCAGUUUUUACGGACUUGGGAGGAAAGAACUUAUAUGGGAAGAAAGGAGCUCCUCCCCAAGUCUCGUUCCUCGGUUCAUUGGCCAGAACUAUAGCUCAGUGGCGCCAGCCUAAGAAAUAUGACGUCUAGAAAAGAAAAAUAUUGGAUCAUUUUGCCCACAAUUUCAGAUUAAGCGUGCAGCAAAGGCUUCAGAAGCAAGAAUUACUGUGGAUACUACUAGGUCUUGUUAGAUCUCUUGGUGAAUCCACCAUUGAAUUGAUUUAAGUGUUUUAGGAAUUUUCGCAUCAUUUUUUAAAUUUAGUCCCCCAUUCAAUCAAUUUGAUUCUUCAGCUUCACCCACCUUGUUUGGGCUGAUUUUUUUUUUUUUUUUUUUGUAAUUUAUACUUAUUUUGUCAUGUAAUUUUAUGAGUUACACACAAUUCAAUUCAUAAUGUCAGACAGUAGAGUUGUGAU